GAGAGAGAGAGAGAGAGAGGAUAUACUUCAACUUUCGGUCUGCUUUUGUGUUUUUGCUUCUACCCACGCAUAUUCGAGAGAUUCACCGGCAGUUUAGUGCUGAAAAAGAGUUUGCUGAGAUUGCUUCGCUUCAUGGUGAAGUGGGCAUAUAUGUUGGCAGCAAGGUGUUUAUCUUUCCUUGCUGUGUAGAGGAGGUUCUUACUUUAUUGAAAGCUUUUCCUUCUCCUUUCACUUCUCUUGCUAACAGAACCCAAGAAAGCUUUUGAUCUGAGAUUCGGCCGAAGAAGCAUCGCCAGUUUUGGAAGAGUCAUGAUCAAUCGGCGAGACAUGUCCGACGCCGAUGCGAUUCACCUACUGCCAUCUACCAGAAGCUUUAUGGCGGAUCCAAAACCUGCUUUAAAUCUAAAGCAAUCCGAAGAUCAACCUCCUGCUAAGAAGAAGAAAAGAAACCUCCCUGGAACUCCAGAUCCGGAUGCAGAAGUGAUAGCGCUAUCCCCACGGACGCUCAUGGCCACUAACAGGUUCGUGUGCGAGAUCUGCAACAAGGGAUUUCAAAGAGAUCAAAACCUGCAACUGCAUCGCCGUGGCCACAAUCUCCCAUGGAAGCUCCGCCAGCGGUCGAGCAAGGAGGUCAGGAAGCGGGUAUACAUCUGCCCUGAGAAGACCUGCGUGCACCAUGAUCCCUCGAGAGCUCUCGGCGAUCUUACGGGGAUCAAGAAACAUUUCAGUAGGAAGCAUGGCGAGAAGAAAUGGAAGUGCGAGAAGUGUUCCAAGAAAUAUGCCGUUAAAUCCGACUGGAAAGCCCAUUCCAAAACGUGCGGGACUAGGGAAUACAAGUGCGACUGUGGCACUCUAUUCUCACGGAAGGACAGUUUUGUAACUCACAGAGCGUUCUGCGACGCCCUGGCGGAAGAGAGUGCAAGGCUUUCCACCGGGAACUCGACCAACAUAGACUUCAAGAACGACUCCCUUAACUCCAACUCCCAUUUGGUUAGCUCCCCAUCAUCGCCGUCCAGAGCAACAAUAUCCAGGGGAUCUGUCAACCAAUUCUGCCCUAUUUUGCAGCCUGCCUUCGCUGCUGGAGACUACACCGCUGCCGAUCUCGGGCAAAGAAACUCCGAAAAGGAAGGACUGUCUCUACUUAUCGAUCAGUCCAUUGACGUUGGAGCUAAUCCACUAAGCUACUUCCCGGAUUCCUGCAAGCCCAUGGCUGGCUCAGCCGUCACUCAGGGACCCAGGAGCCUGGGCUGCCCGCCACAAUUGGUACAGUUGGCAUCGGCGACAACCCUGUUCAGCUCAUCGGCGGUGGCGGAGGCAUUGGCAGCGGCAGCGCCGGAGUAUGGUGGGUGCUUCCCCUCACUGUGGAUGAAUAGGACUUCCUCGGCCGGAACCGUGGCUAACCUCUCACUGUCGACGUCCAAUGGUGCUUUGAUGGAUGAAAUGGUGAAGAACCAGCAGUUGGGCAGCUUAGCUUCUUCGUGCAACACCUCUCAGAACCAGAAGGUGAAUUCCUCUCACAUGUCAGCGACAGCCUUGUUGCAGAAAGCAGCUCAAAUGGGUGCAACCACAAGCAACCCAUCUCUGCUGCGUUCAAUUGGCGUGUCCUCUUCCAAGGCCGCCUUUGUGUCGCCCCACGAUGUCCAGGCCACAAACGAGUUUCAGCUGCUUGGGCAGUCUAAACAACAGGAAAAUUUGCAGGAGUUCAUGACUUUGCUGCCGGCAGCGAACGGUAACGGGGUGUUCAACCAUGCAAGCGUGAGUUCCUUUAUAGAUUCAUCCCCCACUUUGGCAGGUUUGAUCCUGCCAAGUUCAAGAAACGGUCAGCUAAAACUUCAAUGUCAACGUCAAGAAACUGAGCAUGGAUUGACAAGAGAUUUUUUAGGAGUUGGAGACCCUAGUGGGCGGUUCUCAGAGCAGGAGCUUGCGAGCUUUGCGGCAAUUCGGUCUUCCAUGAAUCUGAAAGCCUACAGUGGCAGCGAUCCUUGACCAUAGAAGUGAAAUCCGAAGCAUAGAUGCAGCUAGAAACAUCCGCCAAAAGAGUAGUUAUGAAUGAAACAUCUGAUGUUCAUUCUCUCUAAAACUCAGGCGCUUAAACUGACAUACAAACACUGUCACAACUUCAUCUUCUUCGUGACCCUAUGAUAAUUAAACAGAAAAGGAAGAAGGUGUGGAUAGAUAUGGCGCCAUUAAGGAGUUCAUGACCGUUAUUCCUCUUAUCCAGUCCUUUCAUUCUUUCUACCUUCCUUACUUUUGUUCUGUGCAGCUUCACUUGAGAGAGAUCAUGUAAACAAAAGCGUCGAGAUUGGUAAAAUGAUAUGGGCAUUGGGCACCGCUGUUCUUUACUCA